AAGCCGAGGAUAAGGGUACCGUUGAAGGAGUUGCGAACUGUACCAGAGCAUUAUCUCUGGUUUCUGCUGGAAGGUACCCCACCGAUUAACUUGACUCUAAUGAAUACAUCAAUAUCUUUGAAGGGCGGUUUGGUCAUAAAAGGAUUCCAACUAAAUCGGACGGGUACCUUUCAAUACACUCUACUGGCAGAAAAUGAAGAAGGAAGUGAUUCAAAAACGGUUGAAGUAACCGUUGUGGGUAAGGAUUCAAUACUGUUAAAUUUCAUUUCAAUGUAGAUAAUUAUAGUAGUUUGCACAAACAGUGGUGUUGGAUUUUGUUCUAGUUUUAUUCGUUGGUGAUUCACUUCCAUUCGGAGAAAAAAGAAAUGCAAGAAUAGACUAGUUGCCCUUGUACAUGUUGCGCCAUUGUUUUGAACACGGGUAAUUUGUGUCCAUUAAGGUUUGUAAACAAAAAAAGAUUUACCAAAAGAUACAAAAUUUGGGUUUCAUCCUUGGUCAUUGUGUACACAUGAAAGUUGGUUAUUGACUUUUAAUAAUGGAUAUCGAAGAGUAUCGCUUUCUUGAAAAAUUCCCCAACAAAUUGCCUCAUUCAAGCGUCUAUUCCUUUUGCAGAUUGCAAGCAUUUGUGUAACAGUACAGGUUGGAUAACACGCUUUGGCCAAUUAACCAACGAACACGACUGUAGAAGAAGCAACAUAACAAAUAACUGGAAUUGCAUUCCAACUACAACCACUAAAUUGUAA